AUGAACGAGAGAUUCAGCUGGGUUCCAGACGUGUCAUUAUUCAUCAAGGGAAUGAUCAUUUCGACGCGGCCAAACGGCAUUUUCGGGGGAAACCUUAAUAUCGGAACUUCCAGGAACGCAAAGCAAAGUCGGAGCUGGGUCUUUAUAUCCUGUCUAGGCUUGAGCAACCUGGCAGUAUCCCAUUUCUCGUGCUUCCUUCUGGUGGCAUGGCAGUUAGGCACCAAAAGGGUGCUACAGCUGAAUGAUGGGUUUCUUUACUGUACUAUUAACGUAAGAUAUCAAUUCACAAAAUAUACAAGCCUCGACAGUAGAAACUCGUCCACAACAAAUGGUCUACUUGGACUAUAA